AUGGAGUCAAGAGUCUCAUCGGCGAAAUCCGUCCGCAGAACCAAAGCUUGUGAUGCUUGUCAUCGGCGGAAGAUACGUUGUGAUGGGGAGGAAGGCAGCCCCCAACCAUGCUCAUAUUGCGUGAAGAAUAGCUAUGAAUGUCAUUUCACCUUCCGCCCAAACAAAUGGCCGCCAUCGAAGACUUACGUCGACGGUCUAGAGAGACGAGUUGACUACCUAGAACGCCGAGUCGACACUCUCAAGCGGGAAGUUGAGCGCCUGAGGCAAGGCGGAGUGGGUACCUCUGGGUAUGCCUCCUCUGAGUCCGAUGAAUUCGAAUCUGUUUCCCCGCCAAAUGACGACGAAGACGACCAAACGGCCGAACAGCUGCGGGAGAUCACUGAGCGAUACGAAGGCCUCUGGCUUCAACCUCCUACGGGUAUGAAGGCUAGCCAAGAACCGCGAAUGUACCAUGGACGAGCCUCACACAUCCAUAUUCUCGACCAACAGAUUGCAGCACUCGGCCAGCAGAGCUUGGACAAGGUCAAGGCAUUCCGCCUUCAUAUUCGCCCAGAGUUUCAAUAUCUUGAUCCGGAUUUAUUCGAUUCUCAUGUCGACUUGAAUUUAGCCCCUCCCUCGUGGCCUGAGCCGGACCUCGCUCAGAUACUGAUCAACGCGUUCUUCACCCGAUAUAAUAACGUCUUCCCGCUACUGCACAAACCGACAUUUAUGAGACAAUAUGCAGACCCGGCUCUCAGACAAGAUCGAGACUGGGUUGCAAUUGCCUUCGGAGUGUUCGCGCUUGCAUCAAAAUAUGUGGAAGAUCCGAGGGUUCUGCCAGAGUCGGGAAGUUGGUAUAGCGCUGGACAGAAGUUUUGGAAAGAAAUGAGGCGUGUCAUGUCCCAACUGUAUGCACCUCCGACCCUCUUCAGACUCCAAGCCAUCGUCCUUUUUACAUGGUACUUCAGCGGAACCUCCCUGUUCCCUUCGGCAGGGUGGGGAAUCAUGGCCCUUGCCAUACGUUAUGCUCAAGACGCUGGCAUGCAUCUCAAAAAGGAAUGGACGAAGCGCGCGGCAGCACACCCAUUUGAAUACGAGAUGCGGAAGAGGGUGUUUUGGGUGCUGUACUUGAUGGAGAGGACCAUCGGGCUUGAGAUGGAUAGAAGUUUCUGCUUGCAGGAAGACGAGCUUGAUGUCGACCUUCCGCUCGAGCUGGACGAUGCCGGCCUGGACCUGCUGCAGCAGGGUGAAAUUGAUCCCCCAGGAUUCUCGUUAAUAAUAGCAACAUUCAACGCUCGGAUGCGUCUUCUGAGCUUCGGUAGUCGCAAGCGAACGGAGCUCCGAACUAUCCGCCGUUUGACGAAGGAACAAGAUGUCAUUAAACGGGAACGGUACUGGCUGCAAAGCAUCAGGAACAAGCUUGAUCAUUUCAUUGCGAACAUACCAGACAACCUGAAAUAUGAUGAGAAUGAGAAGGACGAUGAUGACUUCCUGUCUCGUGCGCUCUUGAAACUACAGUAUCAUCAGAUUCAGUUCGCCAUGUAUCGACCUUUCCUGUCUCGUUCGAAAAGAGCGACACAUCCCUCAGAACCAAUACUCGACACUUGCUGCCAAAUUUCCCGAUCUGUGGCGCAUACGCUUGAUGUCAUGCGUCGACGCAACCUCAUGAUGGGCCGGAUCCACGAGACCGCUCUUGGAGGAUUCGUGGCUGGCAAUGUUUUGCUCAUCAAUAUGUGGGAAAACAAGAAUUACGAUCAUAUGGAUGAUGUGGAGAAGUGUAUCCAAGCGAUCCAAGCCAUUGAACACAGGUGGCAAUGGCCAGGACGCGUUCAUGAUGUACUUUGCAAUCUUCGCGAGAUCAUUCGGAUCAGUAUUGGAAAUCUUGCCGAGCCCGGAAAGCAAGAGGAAAUCAUGCCCCCCGAUUCCAAUGUGUCCACAGUAACCGCAAUCCAGUCGCAGAAGAAUGUGCUCUCGUCCAUCGAGUCCAACGCGUCGCUGGCAGCCGUGCCCUUCUGCCCCCCUGCACCUACCGUUACGGAUGAUAUCAUAUCCCCAACCCUGCAAGACUUCUUAACCCCUCCGCAAACAUUGGAUCAACUCAUGUUUGACGAUCAAAUUAUGUCAAUAUCUGAUUGGGCUUAUCCCACCGACGUUCAGACACCCGUGGAUUCCGAGUUUGCGGAUUGGCUCAACAGCAUGAUAUUUUCUGUCCCGCUUCCAGGGUCAGACCCAAAUACGUCGACAACUUUCUUCAACACUGAAGUAGGUGUCCACCCCUCAUAG